GUGCGCGCCUCGCUCAUGACAGCUGCACACACUCUCACACACACACAACCCGUGCCCCCAGCUCCUCCACCAGCGCCCAGCCAUGCCUAUUCCCCACCCCAUCCUCCACCAAAGGUACCAGAUGGAUUAACACACCUCCGUUCUCCGGAUGCCGCAAGAACAUAUUCCACGCUGACAGCCCGGGGAAUGGAUUGGGCUUGGAAAGAGGAUGAAACUUGGAAACGCAACGUGGAAAGGGAUUACCCCAAUGAAGACAACAACGUACCUACUAAAGGUCCUGUAACAACUCUUCUGAGAGAAACAAAGGAGACAGGCCUCCCUUUGCAGACACACACACUAAGAGAAUUUGGAAAGCAUCUAAAUGACUUGAAAAAAGAAAAUUUCAGCCUCAAGCUCCGGAUCUAUUUCCUGGAGGAGAGAAUACAGCAGAAAUAUGAUGACAGCAACGAGGACAUCUACAAAAGGAACAUCGAGCUGAAAGUUGAAGUGGAGAGCCUGAAACGAGAAUUGAAUGUAAAAACUGGGCUACUUGAAAAAGCCUCGAAAACAGUAGAAACAUUCAGCAACCAAAAUGAGGCUGAGAUCCACCAGGAAUAUGAACAGAAGCACCAGGAGACUGAGCAUGUUCAAGCUAUAUUGCAGAAUAAGAUUCAGCUUCUGCAAGAGGAAGCCCGAAUGGCCAAGAAUGAAGUGGAAAAGAUGACUGCUAUUGUGCAGACUGAGAAACUAAGAUCUCUUGAACUGGAGAAGAAACUGAAUGACUGCAGUUUGGGAAACCAGGAGAAGCUAAAAGUGUGGGAAAAUAAUGAAAAUAUUUUAAUGGAAAAGGAUAGAAUUAUUGAUCACCUGACCCAAGCACUAAGAUAUAAAGAUAUUCAGAAAGGUCAUUUAAAUGAUGAAAAUCAGAAAGUGAUGGAUAAUCUUGUCGGAUGUCUGGAGCUCCAUGUAGAAGAAUUAAAUGACACUCCAUGUCAGAAAGAAAAUGAAGUUGAGGAAUUGCAAGAUGAAUUGGACAGUGAAAAGUUGCGAACACAAGAAGAAAUGCAGAAUCUAAUUGGGGAACAGCAGCAGCAAUUGAACCAGUAUGAGUCGGCGGCUGGUCAGUGUGUCGACGAGUUACGGAAAGCCCAGGUCCAAGUGCAUGGGUUACAGGAGAGAAUUCAAGAUUUGGAAUCUGCUAACAAGAUGUUGCAGGAGAAUCUAAAUGAAAUGGAAAGUGAAUUGAAGGCAAUGCACAGUAAGUCACAGAAGCAAGAACGUGACCAGCUGGGGCUGAGCGAGGCAUUGAAAAACAAAGACAAGGAGAUCCAAGAGCUUUAUCAUGUGGUUGAUGGUCAGAAUGAAACGGAAGCCAAGCUAACGGAGAUGAUUUACAGAAAUCAGCUUGAAAAUCUGAAGUUUUGUUCAUCCUGUCAGAGGGCUGAUGGACAGUUGACAUCAACACACGCACAACAGGCUGAGCUGCUGCAACUUCAGAGUACCUCCUUUUCCAAUCAAUUGGAACUACAGCGAAACAUAAGGCUAAUACGCCAGAAGGAGUACGAGUUGGUUGAAGUCAAACGGAGGAAAGAGCUGAUGGAGACCGAUCUGCAAGAAAUGCAGCAGCAAGAGGAGGCGACCGUCAAACACAAUCAAGAGCUGCGCAGCGCACUGCGACAGGUACGACAGGAGCAGCUAGAAAAGGAGCAGCUCUACAAAGCCUUGGACAGAGAGCAUCAACGUGAAGUCCACGUCCAAGAGGAGAACAUCCUGUGUCUGAAAGAUAGAUUAUGUGACAAAGAGCAUUUCCUACAGCAAUAUAUUGAACUCUUUGAAUACCAGCAGAACGAUGAGCAAAGUGCAGAAGGAAAAGAUAUUCUGGUUGAUAAACUCUGGGAGCAUAUCAAAGAGAGAGAUAAAGCCUUGGAGAGAACCAUUGAAGAAAAGUUCAGCUCCUUGGAUGAAAAAGAAAGUGAAAUCCAGCAACUGCACCUGGCUCUACGUGAAAAAGACAGAGAUCUGGAGAGAUUCCGUCACAUCUUCUCCAAUAAUGAGGAAACAAUCAAUAGCCUGGAUGGUCUUGUGAAAGAGAAGGACCUGGAGGCCAAGCAACUAGGAACAGCGUGCAAGAAUCUGCAAUGGCUAAAACAGGAGGUGGAAGAAAAGCUUGGCAGUUCCCUCAAGGAAAAAGAUGACGUCAACAGCCAGCUGCAGACAACUUUGCAGAAUUGCAAUAAGGAGAUAGAGGACCUGACUGCAGUGUUGAUGAACAAAGUUUGUUCUGGACCCAAUGAGAUUAUGGAGCAACUAAAGCUGCAACUGCAGCAGAAGGAGCAAAUGCUGCAGGAGAUGCUCACCGACAGAUGCAAGGUGGCAACUCAUCACGAGCAAGAGGUAACACAGUUGCUGCAGUCUAUCAACACCCAUGAACAGCAGGCCAAGGAUUCAGCCGAGAGGUUAGCUUGCGCUCUUGCGGAGAAGAAAUGUGAACUUCAGGCCUUGCGUCACCAGCUCAUGGAGAAGGAUCGGGUAAUAGCAAAAUUCACCAAGCAAAAUAUUUCUGCGCCAGAGCUGUCAAUGGAAAUAGCCCACCUCAAAGAACUUCUUCAGAAAAAGGACGAACUAAUUCAAGAAUUGGUGCUGGAUGGUCACAGCAAGAAUGAGACCACCCUCCAGCCUGAGAAGAUGGAAGCUUCUGAACCCACUGACACCCGACAGAAUGCAAAUGAAAUUGAAGCUCUCCAGAAGGCCUUGGAUGCAGAAGAAGCAAUGGCUGAGUCAGACCAGGAAGAUGUCGGGCAGGCCGAGCUGGAAAUGAAAAAAGAGGAACUGCAGCUUGCAUUAAGGAAAGAGAAAGAAACCAGGCUUGAGCUGACCACAUUACAGUCUGCCUUCUCCAACCAGCAGCAAGAAUUCAAAUGUCAAGCAGUGGAGAUCGAAGCACUUUCAAACAAGAUUCAUGACAAGGAACAACAAAUUCAGGAUCUGCAGAUACAGUUGGUACAACUAAGGGAGUCUCCAGAAGUGGAGAAGUGUACACAAGAGCUCCUAAUAUUGAGGGAGCAAGUGAAAACCAUGGAUUUAUCUGGGCCGAGUACUGCAGGGAAAAAACACCAUCAGCUGAUCUGUGCUCUUGAAGAGCAAUUUUCGGAGCAGUCAAGAUUAAGUGAAGCACUUCGAGCUGAAAGACAACUCUACAAUAGCCUUGUUAAAUUCCACAAUCAACCUGACAGCGCCAGCAGAGAAACUACGCUGCAGACGGAGCUUUUGGCUGUGCAGGCACUCCGUGGACAACUGGAAGAGGCCCUCGGGACGACCCAGGAGCAGAUCGUCAGGAUGCAGGAGGAGUUCGAGAUGCCUGCAGAUUCUGGAGAGAACUACAGUGAGAAUGCCGAAGGUGACGAGACCACUUGGUGUACACACAACAUCCAAUUGUUGAAUGAACAUCCAGAAGUUGUGGAGAAAAACCAUCAGAGAUCCUUCAAUAAUUCUGGAUUUAGAAGUCAGAUUGGAGAAACGGACACCAGCAUCUUGUUUCACAAUUCGUUGGUCACCAGCACAGAGGCAGUGGGCAAUGUUGAGAAGACAAAACUUGACGUGCAGAGACCGAGGGAAGAAAAUAAACUGAUGGAAGACAAGCUUGUGGAGCUGAAGUCACAGAUUGAGUCACCAGUGCCUCAUAUGAAGCCAUUACAUAAUCAGACUUUGGAGAAUGCAGAACAGAACAACAGCGUGGAAGAGUAUCUUGCGUUGCAGGGACAGGGGACAGACGCAAAGAAGGACAGCCUUGAUAUAUGGGGCCUCAGAGAGGAGAUCAUAAAGCUAACUGUGAAAUUACAAAACUCGGAAACAAUUAUCAGUCUCCUGAAAGAACAGCUGGAGCUCAACUCUUCCCAGACUGGAGAAAAACAUUUCAAUCCAGAGCUCAUUGUCAAUAUGGCCAAAGAAAUUGAACGACUUAAGUUUGAGAUCGGCCUAACUCAGCCCUUGAAGGCAGACAUGCAUCAGUGUGACCGAGGGACAAAGCGGGCCAGACCCCAUUCACUUGACCUUGGAACGAUGUUGUCACAGGGUAAAAAUGGGACCUCAAAUGUAUCUGAUGCUGGUCAGCAGGUUGGAUUAGUUUUGCAUGAUGUCAGUCCGUGGCAUCAUGGGGUGCUUGGACAGCAAUCCAACCCGUUUCAAACCAAGCUGGCUGAGUACAGACAACAGAACAAGGAAUUACAGGAGAAACUCGUAGUGACCGAGGCAACUGUAAAGGCCCAGGACAACCAGUUGCAGCAGUACAAAGACCUACUCACUGAAUCAUCAGUGGAGCAGGACAAUAAACAGGUGCAAGUGGACUUGCAGGACCUCGGUUAUGAAACUUGCGGAAGAAGUGAAAAUGAAGCUGAAAGAGAAGAGGCCAGUAGUCCAGACUACGGUGAAGUUGAUUUGCAAGAACAAUUGUACCCAAAGAAGAAAAUGGCCCAGCAAAACUCUACCCUCGGGAAACAACGCUCCUCUGCCUCCCACCCUGUCUUUUCCCUUCCACAGUCAAUGAAGUCUUGCCUGAGGAGGGAGCUUACUUAUGAAGAUGAUGGAAAGUUUAAUGACAUUGCCAUACUGCACCAACAUGUCGAUGACCUCAAAGCACAACUGACUGAAUCUGACAAGGUCAUCCGGAGCUUGCAGUCUCAAAUCCGCUCCUUCUCAGAGACUAGUGAUUAUGCCUCCAGCCUCGAGAGACUGCAGAACAUUGCACAAGGUGAUGUAUUUGAGGCAUUGCAGCUUGAUGAGCAGGAAGAUGAUGACGAGGCCUGGCAGUCUGAUGGAGGUGACCAUUGCCAACCAACGACGGGGUCCAACACAGAAAUAAAGAAGCUCAUUCACAGAGUUACCAGUCUAGAAUCACAGCUCAAGAGUGCGAAAGUGGCAGGUCCUUCGGCUAAAAUUGCGUCCUGGUCAGGGAAAUACGACUGUUUGAUCCAGAUCCAGGCUCGAGAGCUCUCCCACCUCCGUCAGAAGAUGCGUGAGGGCAGAGGCAUCUGCCACGUACUGAAACAACACCUGGGAGAUACCACAAAGUCCUUUGAGGAGUUGCUCAGAGCGAAUGAUAUUGACUACUAUAUGGGGCAGAGCUUCCGUGAUCAACUGGCACAUGGAAGCCAACUGGCAGAGAAGAUCACUCAUAAACUGACUGGUCGAGUCCCUUUGGAUAGCAGCAGCAAAGGAGACCAGGAGCUAUUUGUUGCCAGACUGAACAAAGAACUUGAGCAGAAAAACAAGCUAAUUGAAUCCCUAAACUGCAAACUACAGAGCCGGGCAGACACUCCGACCAACAGCCACGUUCUCUCAGAGUCUGAGCAAUCUGAUAGAGGAUCGUUUGUAUCGGAUGAGCAAGAGUCAACCAACGAUGACCUGGAUGCUUAUUGUUAUGAAGUUGACCUGAGCAGUGAGUACUCGCACGAUGAUCGACAGAGCACGGAGCUGGAAGCACACGCCACAUCAGAUGAUCAAAAUCAUUAUGAAAAUUCAUCCCAACAUUCAUCUCUUGCAUCUGCCUCUUCAUGUGAAAGUCAACCCAAGGAUAAUGCCAACAUCUCACUCUCUCAACAACCCUGUGACACUGCUAAGACACAAAAAGGUUUCUAUUCCAGCAGUGUGCCACCAAGCCCUCAUGCCUGUCAGGCUUCAUAUUGUGCUGGCUUCCCUUCUCAGUUUGGAAGCAAGCCCUUUGGGCCAGCUUACCUGACACCAUCAACAUUUUCACUGGCCGAGGUCCAACAAGAACUUCACAUGUUACAAAGACAGCUGGGAGAAAACAUGACCUUCUCAGGAACCAGCCCAGGUGUGUCUUCACAUUUAGAACAAGCUGACGGUGCAUCUCAACCACAGAAUACUCUUCAGCACCAGUUGAAUGCUGCCAACAAUCUGCAGGAGAACUUGACACCCUCCAAUGUUUCUAGUAUUGCACUCUGGGGAGCAGCUGAUCAACCAGUGAGAAUGAGUACAGUGGGCGAUGUCUCCUCUGGAUCAUCGGGGUACCAGUCGGGGGUAAACAUGGCAGGUACAGAGUUGUUGGAGGAACAUUUUCGGGAAAUUCGCACCAUGCGUCAGCGUCUGGAGGAAUCCAUCCGUGCCAAUGACCGACUCCGGGAGCAGCUUAAAAUGCGCCUGGCAACUGCAGCCAAAGAGAACGAACAAGCUAAAGAGGUGGAACAAAUGCGAGAGACCCUUUUAAACUCCAGGACUAGAUACAAGCACUUAGAGACUGAGCUGAAUCACUGGAGGGAAGAGAACAAAAUGUUGCAAGCUGAUAUCCGGGAAAGGGAGCAGGAAACACUGCAACUGAGGGAGGAGCAGCAAUGCAGCCAAAGCAAAAACAACAGGCUGUUGCAGGAGCUGACUAUGGUUCAACAGCAGCUGAAAGAAAGCCACCAACUGACUCAGUCCCUCAAGUCAGAGAUUGAAGUGUAUGAGAAGAUGUAUGAAAAAAAGAAAACAUUCCCAGUUUAUCCUGGAAGUGUUCAGCCCCAUGCCUUCGACAUCAGCGACUUCCUGAUGGAAAUCAGAGGCCUUCGGAUUCAGCUGGAACACAGUAUCCACACCAAUAGCUGCCUACGGAGGCAGCUGAAGGAACAGAUGGAUGAACACCGACCAGCUAGCCUCAACAUCAAUCAUUUGACCCCAUCAACCAGUGAACAUAGCAUCAGUAAACAGCUCUUCCAGGAUUGUGUUCCUUCACCACCUGUUCGAGACACUGGUUUGUUUUCACCUUUCCAAAUAAACCCCAAGGCAGCAUCGUCUGUGGCAGAUUUUAACAUGGAAGACACAUCACAGCGGAAUGAUGGUUAUCUCAGUGAUUCCAUGAGCCAGAUCUCCUGUUCCCUGACAGACGAUGAGCUUCCGGAGAGUUUCUUCGCUAAGAAAAAUGGAUUUCAUGUGAUUGGACACAUUGAUGACUACAAUGCCUUGCAACAGCAGAUUAUGGAGGGCCGAAUGUUGGUUCAAAGGAUGGAAUCUAUUGUCCAAUCCUGUGUUAACGCUGCCUUUCUCGAAAUUGAUGGAUCCAAGGAUUUAGAUCAUCAGACGGUCAAGCAACUCUUCUCCAAUACCAAUACUCUGCGCCAGAUCUUGGAUGAAACCUGCUCAUUGCUAAAAAUGUUCUGGAGAACUGCUCUGCCAAAUCCAAAUGGUGAUGUGCUGAACAAUCAAAAGGAGCAGUCGAUGAAAGAAGAGAUUUGCAGAUUGAAGAAUAAAAUAACAGAGCAGGAGAAUCUGUUGCAGAAUGCCAUCAGUCGCCUGAGGGCUACUAACCAAGUGAAGGAAGGAAUGGAGCAGUUCAUUGUCAGCCAACUUACAAGGACACAUGAUGUUCUAAAAAAAGCAAGGAAUAAUUUGGAGAUGAAUGAUUGCACAAUUUCUGGUGCUAAAACUUCCCAAAAUGACAACAAAGCAGAAAUCUCAACACUUGGUUACAUCCAUCCCCGAGACUGGAACUUCAUGAAUCAGAUGUACCCUGAAGCUGAAGCAAGAAGCCUGGGUCAAAAUUCACUGCCUGGGAAGAUUAAAAGAAAUGGCCCCAACCUGGUUCGAGUCGGAAACAUUGCAAACUACUGAAGUAGUACUUCCCUUUCUGUCUCACAACGAAAGCUAAACAAUGAUCUUGGAAUCUUAUUCUACCAAAAGAACUUGGGACAAGCAGAAGUAAAUUUAUUCUUUUGUGCCUCCAGAAAGAAUUAUUCUGCAUAAUCCACAUCUAAUGGUGGCUCUCUGAUGAUCCUACAUAAAACAAAAAUUCAGCCAACAUUCAUUGUUUUACAUAUAAAUCUGAAACGGGAAGUUGUUUUUUGUGGGUCAAAACACAUUUACCAUAAGAUGCUGAUGUUUUUGCCCCUAGCAGUUUUAGAGGCUCAUUUGAAAUGCAAUAUUAACUUAUAAAGCUCAGUGUGAGAGAUUUGCAUGUAACGUUUAAUCAUGCUGUUUCAACACCUAAGAAAAACUCUUAAUGUCAAGAGCUACAUUGCGUUGCUAAUAUAUUAACAUGGAUGUAUUUAUUAUGAAAAAAUAACCAGUUCCAGAAAUGCUUUGAGCCCAAUGAUAACUUUGGUGAAUAGUGUCCUGUAAUUUAUAACAAAAAACUAUAUCCUGGCCAUAACUGGAAAAAUAGAGCUGUACAACAUUUAAGACAGGAUAGAAUGUUCACUAAGCAUAAACAAACAAAAAAAUGGGUUAUGUGCAAUAAAUUUGCCAAAGCUGUAACAUGAGUUUGGCCAAACACUGGAAUAAGACAAAAGCAAUCUUAUAAACCUCAACAUGAUCUAGCAUCAUGACAUUUCAGAGUUUUUAUUCAAAAAUACAGUAUGGUGGGUGAGAGUACGGUACAGAGUUAAGACAAUGCUGGCAACUCUGUAUUUACUAUUGUACACUUAUUAGAAAUACGUAGUGGAUAACUUUUGUAGCACUAGCAUUGUUUUUGUCUGAGCUGUAUAUAUAUAGCAUGAUGGCAAAUCUAUGGUGUUAAGUAUAAGUUGUAGUUUCUAUGGAAUUGUUUGCUGCUUGUUAUAAAUAGCUAAUACAUCUGCACAUGGAAUUAGUGUGUACAUAUUACAAAACCAUAUUGCAGAGAAGUAUGGUUUACGUUAACUGUAUUCAUGUGUUAUUGAUGUGCCAUUUUUAUAAUUAUUAUGAAGAACAUUUUUGUUUCCCAACUGAACUGAAGAAUUUUCCCCAUUAAGAUUCAUAAUUGUCAAAUCAAUCCUUAUAAUUGAUUUCCCAGGAACUCAGAUUAAAUCUGUAUUACGAAAGCUUUGAAAGGCAUAAAGAUAAUUGGCACAACUGCAUUGAAGCAUGUUUUAUAGGGUGCAAACAAUUAACAUAUAAAGGUUACUAAAAAUCAUGAUGCAGUAUGUGCCCUUAUAGCAUUGUUGUACACUGUAUAAAGCGUAUAUACUGAUCAAUAUUUGGUGUCUGUUCUUCGCACUGUACAUAUUAUCCCAGUGUAUAUACAUUCAGUAAUAUGGUAGAUUGUAGCAUGUGUAUAUGGUUCAAUCCUGGGAGGUAAAGAUUGUUGUUCCUGGAUUGUUUUAAGAAAGCUGUUCUGCGAAAAUGAAAUUUGUGAAGUUGUUUAUUUAACAUCUGAAAGAAUAGUUUGCUUUCUUUGUUCAACAAAUAAAAAACAUUGAAUACUCAA